AAAUUCCCCAAAACCCAAACCCUAGCGAUGAACUCCAUAACCAGAAGCUUCUCGUCCAUCUUCGCACGACCAAACGUCGGAUUAAAUCAUCGGAGCUUUGAUUUACAGCAAUGGCGGGGCAUCCGGGUGAAGAUUCUGAACAACAAUUUGGAUCAAGGACUAACUUUUAUGCAGAGGAUAAUGCAAUCAAGUGGUAUCGAACGGAUGAUUAAGAACGAACAGUUAUAUCACAUCAAGAACUCAGAGAAACGAAUUUUGGCUCGAAAGAAUCUUCAGCGUAGGCUUAAAUCGCAGGACCUAGCUCGUAAGCUCAAGUCGAUUCUCGUUAGAAAAGUCAGGGGUUAUUGAACGUAUUUCUGGAUGUUAACAUACGGCUUAAUGCACAAGGGAGUUGUUAUGUUGCUUUCUGAACUUUCAUAACUCGAGUUAGUUAUUUUCCUUCAAUCGAAUAGUUUGUUUCGUUCGAGAAUUAAUGUAUUGCAAUUUCUGUGUUCGUCUUUUGUUGUGUUGCUGGAUUUUGAGAACAAAUGUAAGGGGAUCGGCAUCAUGUUAUGUGUUGUGUCUUUUUCAAUAAUACAGGUGUUUUUUUUACCC